CACUCCGCGAUUUAAAUUUUACGAGAUUGGCAGUUCUGUGAUUUAAAAACAUGUCAGGCGCUUGUUAACCUCAAAAAUGUGCAAAUUUAUUUAUUUUUAUUUUCCAUUUAUCGUACUGUUUUCUCACGUAAGGAGCGAAUUAAUUGUUAGUGCCAAAUUAUCAAAAGUAUGGGGGCCUGGACUCAAACCUCACAUUUUUACAAUGCCGGCGAGGUAUUUUUUUAUUCAAGCCGUAAAUUCAGAAAAUCAAAGUAUUUCCUCAGACUUGGGGGCAAUCUUCGACAUACACUUUGAAGGUGUAACCAAGACACAGAAGCCUUGCCGCAUUUGGGCAAACAGUCUCAAUAGGAAAGACGGUUCCUACAUUAUUAGAUAUAAGUUGUAUGAGCCGUGCUUCAGCUUAAAAAUUAAUAUACUCCUCAAUAAGGAACAUGUGGACAAGUCUCCUUAUGAAAUUCCAGAACCUGUUUAUCCAGACGAUUGUGAUUGUCCAGUUGGUGAUAUUGCCCAAUUUUUGGAAAAAUGGGAAUGUGGCAACACCCCUCGGCAAAUUCUCGCCGACCUGAAGCCCUUCCAAACAGUUAAUUGGGAUAAACUUAGGGAUAAAGUAAUUAAAAAAUUCGACCAGCCGCACUCAAUCAGUUUGUGCCGCUACGUCAUAAAAAAUAAUGAAAUUUACCGUACUUGUUACGGAAAAUACGUAGGUUUUAAGAUGUUCAUGGACGCGAUUUUGUUAUCCUUGAGCCGAAAAGUGAACUUACCCGACCUGGAAUUUUUCAUUAAUUUGGGCGACUGGCCUUUGGUGACUGAAAAAAUCGAAACAUUUCCAAUUUUUUCGUGGUGCGGAAGCACCACAAGUCUGGACAUUGUUAUGCCAACGUAUGAUAUUACCGAAUCAACACUAGAAAAUAUGGGUCGAGUGAUGUUAGAUAUGCUCUCUGUCCAAGGAAAUGUGAAAGAAUCGUGGGAAAAUAGAACAGGGCAAGCGUUUUGGCGAGGAAGAGACUCAAAUCAGCACAGACUUGAUCUGAUUGACAUUGCGAGGAAACAUCCCGAUUUGUUCAACGUUUCGUUGACGAAUUUCUUCUUCUUCAGGGACAAACAAGACGUCUAUGGCCCCAAAUCGGAACACGUCUCAUUUUUUAGUUUCUUUGAUUAUAAAUAUCAACUAGCUCUAGAUGGUACAGUCGCCGCUUACCGUUUUCCGUAUCUCUUAGCUGGAGGCUCUCUAGUCAUAAAACAAGAAUCUCAGUAUUAUGAGCAUUUUUACAACGACUUAAUCCCGAAUACUCAUUAUAUUUUAAUGAAACGAGACUUAUCAGACUUGGUUGCGAAGCUCCAGUGGUCCAUUCAGAACGACAAAGAAGCACAAAUAAUCGCCUCUAAUGGUCAAAAAUUCGCCAAUGAAAAUCUAUUACCACAACACAUUUUUUGCUAUCACGCCCAUCUAUUGCAUCAGUUUGGUACAAGAAUCGAAAGUGAAGUCAACAUUUUAAACAAUAUGGAAAAAGUUGAACAAAUAAAACAACAAAGUUACUGUGAUUGUAAAUCGAAGGUAAAAGAUGAAUUAUAAUUAAUGUUGCAAUACAGAACCACAAUGAAUUGUUACAAUAAAUAAAUUAAAAGCUCUUACUAUAUCCAAA